AUGAUAGAACCUGCAAUAAUUCCUGCAAGUGAUAAACAUACAGCUACUCUUAUUUUUUUACAUGGAUUAGAUGAUGUUGGUAAAACAUGGUUAGAUGAAUUUAAUGCAUUUGAUAUACCUAAAUCAAUUCCAUAUGUUAAAUUUAUUUUUCCAACAGCUUCGAUUAUGAAAAUAUCGAAAAAUAAUGGAGAAUCAAUGGCUAGUUGGUUUGAUGUUUAUGGUUUUGAUCAAAAUGCAAAAGAAGAUCAAGAAAGUAUUGAAAAAGCAUCACAACUUUUAAAUAGUUAUGUUGAAGAAGAAAUUAAGAAUGGAAUUUCACCUGAACGUAUAAUUAUUGGUGGCUUUUCUAUGGGUGGUGCUGUAGCACUUCAUACAGCACUGACAUCUCCGCAUACACUUGGAGGUGUUUUAGCUCUUUCAACAUGGCUUCCUCUAUUGGGUACUUUUCCUAAAGCACUCGUAGCCGGUGAUAAAAAAAUGAAUUUACCAAUAUUGCAUUGUCAUGGUAAUAAAGAUACGAUAAUACAUAUAAAUUGGGCACGAUUAAGUGAAGAAAGUUUUAAAGGAAUGGGUUUUAAACGUUAUAUUUUCAAAGAAUAUGAUGGUAUGGAUCAUACAAACUGGAACCAAGAAAUGAAAGAUAUACUUGUUUUUAUUGAACAAUCUUUACCAAAACAAGAUUAA